GCAGACGUCGGCAGGCCGAGCACAGUCCCCGUAUUCUCCGGGUUUCCGAAAAUUUAGUAGAAAUCUGUUCGCAGGGCCUUAGACGCGGUAUCUUGGAGAAAACCGGCCCAAGCGAGGGAUGGCGCCUCCGCGUCUCGGGACCCCUUCCUGACUCUUGUCGCGCAGGGGGAUGUGGCCUCCAGCGGGUCCGGGCUGGUGGCGCGGACACGCGCUCGCGGUACGAGUUACUCGGGUUGCCCGUCUGGGGCUGCCGAGGCCUCCCCGCGCGCCAACCCCGGGGGCUGCUGGCGAGUCCUGGGGUUUGAGCAGGCUCUACAGUUCUGCAGAGCGCAAGGAAAAAAUUGACAUGUCUAGAUUCCCUGUUGAAAAUAUUAGAAAUUUCAGUAUCAUUGCACAUGUGGAUCAUGGAAAAAGUACAUUAGCUGACAGGCUUCUGGAAUUAACAGGGGCAAUUGAUAAAACAAAGAAUAAUAAGCAAGUUCUUGACAAAUUACAAGUGGAACGAGAAAGAGGAAUCACUGUUAAAGCACAGACAGCAUCUCUCUUUUAUAAUCAUGAAGGAAAGCAGUACCUUUUAAAUCUCAUUGAUACACCGGGCCACGUGGAUUUUAGUUAUGAAGUAUCCAGGUCUCUCUCUGCUUGCCAGGGUGUUUUGCUUGUGGUUGAUGCAAAUGAGGGUAUUCAAGCCCAAACUGUGGCCAACUUCUUUCUUGCUUUUGAAGCACAACUCUCAGUAAUUCCAGUUAUAAACAAGAUAGAUCUGAAGAAUGCUGAUCCUGAAAGGGUUGAAAAACAAAUUGAAAAGGUGUUUGAUAUUCCAAGCGAUGAAUGUAUUAAGAUUUCUGCUAAAAUUGGAACAAAUGUUGAAAGCGUUCUUCAGGCGGUCAUUGAAAGAAUACCCCCUCCUAACGCAUGUCGCAAAGAUCCCCUGAGAGCCCUGGUAUUCGACUCCACCUUUGACCAGUACAGGGGUGUGGUAGCCAGUGUAGCCUUAUUUGAUGGAGUGGUUUCCAAAGGAGAUAAAAUUGUAUCUGCACAUACUCAAAAGGCAUAUGAAGUUAAUGAAGUAGGAGUUCUGAAUCCUAAUGAGCAGCCAACUCAUAAACUUUAUGCAGGACAGGUGGGCUAUCUGAUUGCUGGGAUGAAAGAUGUCACUGAAGCACAAAUAGGAGAUACAUUAUAUUUACAUAAACAACCAGUGGAGCCCUUGCCUGGGUUUAAAUCAGCGAAACCAAUGGUAUUUGCAGGAAUGUACCCUGUGGAUCAGUCUGAAUAUAAUAACCUGAAGAGCGCUAUAGAAAAAUUGACUCUGAACGAUUCCAGUGUGACAGUCCAUCGGGAUAGCAGCCUGGCUCUGGGUGCCGGCUGGAGAUUGGGAUUUCUUGGACUUUUGCAUAUGGAAGUUUUCAACCAGCGACUAGAGCAGGAAUAUAAUGCCUCGGUCAUUUUGACAACCCCUACUGUUCCAUAUAAAGCUGUUCUUUCAUCAGCCAAAUUGAUAAAGGAAUACAGAGAAAAGGAAGUUACAAUCAUCAAUCCUGCACAGUUCCCUGAUAAAUCAAAAGUAUCAGAAUAUUUGGAGCCGGUUGUUUUGGGCACCAUUAUAACACCAGAUGAGUAUACUGGAAAAAUAAUGAUGCUUUGCCAGGCUCGAAGAGCAGUUCAGAAAAAUAUGAUGUUUAUUGAUCAAAAUAGAGUUAUGCUUAAAUAUCUCUUACCUUUGAAUGAAAUUGUGGUGGAUUUUUAUGAUUCUUUGAAGUCUCUGUCUUCUGGAUAUGCUAGUUUUGAUUAUGAAGAUGCAGGCUACCAAACUGCAGAACUUGUGAAAAUGGAUAUUCUGCUGAAUGGAAAUAUUGUAGAGGAGCUAAUAACUAUUGUACACAAAGACAAAGCCCAUACUGUUGGCAAAACCAUAUGUGAACGUCUGAAGGAUUCUCUUCCUAGGCAGCUGUUUGAGAUAGCAAUUCAAGCUGCUAUUGGAAGUAAAGUCAUUGCAAGAGAAACUGUGAAAGCCUAUAGGAAAAAUGUUUUGGCAAAAUGUUAUGGUGGUGAUAUUACCCGAAAAAUGAAGCUUUUGAAGAGACAAGCAGAAGGGAAGAAAAAACUGAGGAAAGUUGGCAAUGUUGAAGUUCCAAAAGAUGCUUUUAUAAAAGUUCUGAAGGCACACUCUGAUAAAUAGUGGGUGUGAAAAUAAAAGGAUUUUUUAUGAAUUAAAAAUUA